UUAGUCAUCAAACCUCACCACCAAAACAUCACAAACCCCCCAAUACCACUUCCUUUCUCUCUCUUUGUUCCACACAUUAUUAUAACUUAUAACCAACAACAGAGAGAAUGGUGUGUUUUUGUUUCCUAGUUGAUCAAACAAAGCAAGUGUGCAAGAGCAAACCAGCAGCUGGAACAUGUUCCAGGUGUGGAGGAGGUGCUAGUGUUGCUGACAUGAAGACUGCUACAAGGUUUUGCUAUGUGCCCUUUUACUGGAAAAAUUGGAGAGCUAUAAUCUGCACAUUCUGUGGUGCCAUUCUUCGCUCUUACCGAUGAAAUAGUUUGUUACAGUC